AUGACUUCCCUGACCCAGCGCAGCUCCGGCCUGGUGCAGCGGCGAACCGAGGCCUCCCGCAGCGCCACCGCCGACAAGGAACGGGGAGCGGGGGGUGGCCCGGAGGAUGAAGGCCGCCGGGACGAGUCCGGCGACGACGAGAAGGGCGAUUCCAAGGAAACGCGGCUCACCCUUAUGGAGGAGGUGCUGCUUCUGGGCCUCAAGGACCGUGAGGGUUACACAUCAUUCUGGAAUGAUUGCAUCUCCUCAGGAUUGCGUGGCUGUAUGUUAAUCGAAUUGGCAUUGCGAGGGCGUCUUCAGCUAGAGGCUUGUGGAAUGAGGCGCAAAAGUCUAUUAACAAGAAAGGUGAUUUGCAAGUCAGAUGCUCCUACAGGGGAUGUUCUGCUUGAUGAAGCUCUGAAACACAUAAAAGAGACCCAGCCUCCUGAAACAGUACAAAAUUGGAUUGAACUGCUUAGUGGUGAAACAUGGAACCCUCUGAAGUUACAUUAUCAACUACGCAAUGUCCGUGAACGGUUAGCUAAAAAUCUAGUUGAGAAAGGUGUAUUGACAACAGAGAAACAGAACUUCCUUCUCUUUGACAUGACUACGCACCCUCUCACCAACAACAAUAUCAAACAGCGCCUCAUCAAGAAGGUUCAAGAAGCCGUUCUUGACAAAUGGGUGAAUGACCCUCACCGCAUGGACAAGCGCUUGCUAGCACUUGUUUAUUUAGCCCAUGCUUCAGAUGUUCUGGAGAACGCUUUUGCCCCCCUUUUGGAUGAGCAGUAUGAUUUAGCCACAAAGAGAGUGCGGCAACUUCUGGAUUUAGACCCUGAGGUUGAAUGUAUGAAAGCCAACACGAAUGAGGUGCUGUGGGCUGUUGUAGCAGCUUUCACAAAAUAACGGCAUUCAGACUGAAGCGUUCUCUCUUCUUUCAUGUGAACCAGUUUCUCUUCUAUUGACUAUUCAUGUUUUCUGUAAUUUGUACCUUUUCACAUGAUGAAUUGGCUCUUGUUUAGUGGGAGUUAUAA